UUUGGACUGUGCCAAAUAGUAGGAUAACUUUAUUCAAAUAUUGAUAAUGUUCACUUCACGAUAGCAUUUUUUCUCGUACACUUAAGUUUUCAUAACGUGGCGUGUCAGGGUCUUCUUCCCGAUGGAAUAUGACAUUUCGCGUCUUUCUCGGUUAUGCCGCUAGAAAUCUCACUACUUGAGACGGUCGCUAUUAUGCGUCAUCUAGCGGCACGACCGAGACAGAUGCGAAAUGCCGAGAGAUAUUCCAUCACAAACGUAGACCGUGACGCGCUAAGUUAUACAACCGAAGUAUAUCAUCAUUUCCAUGGUGGUGGUAACACUGCAUAUCGUGUUUCAAGCAUUGAACACGUUACACGUGUUUGUCAAUACCGUAAUGUUUGGAUUAGCUUAGUUUGUAAAGGAGAAGUUACUUUUAAUUUCGGCGUUUAACUUAAUACUUGCACAUAAUCGUGUGCAUUGAAACAAAAUGCGAGACAAUCUUGAAAGUUUCUGUGACAGUGAUCAGGAAGAUCGAAUGUCUUUGAAUGGAAAUGAGGAAAAAUCAAAGGUAGUUGAAAAAAAGAAGCGAAAACCUGGAAUUGUAUAUUUGUCUACAAUUCCGAAACAUAUGAAUGCAUUAUGUCUGAGAGAACUUUUAAGUCAGUAUGGUGAGUUAGGAAGAGUAUACCUGCAAGAAGAUAUUAGAGAUGUAAAUAAAAGGAAGUUAAAAAAAAAGAAAACAAAUUCCCGGAACUAUGCUGAAGGUUGGGUUGAAUUUAAAAGUAAACGUGUUGCAAAGGAAGUUGCUCAACUCUUGAAUAACACCCAAAUUGGAGGAAGAAAGAAAAGUCGAUUUUAUGAUUAUAUAUGGACCAUCAAGUAUUUACCCAGGUUUAAGUGGAUCCAUUUAAGUGAACGUUUAGCUUAUGAAAAAGCAGUCCAUAAACAACGAAUGCGGACAGAAAUUAAUCAAGCUAAGCGAGAAGCUGAUUAUUUCUCACUCAAUGUGGACAAGAGUGAGAAGCUGAAAAAGAAGUUAGGAAAGGGACAGAAGUUAGUGAGUUUUGAUGAUAAUUCUCAGGUGACAAUACAUCAAAGAGAAACAGAGGAUCAGAUUCUGGAGAAGAAAAAGAAGAAAAAUGAAAAAACUGGACUUCAUGAUAGUGGGAGUAAGAAUGUGAAUGAAAGAGAUGAAUUCUUGUUAAGUUUAUUUAGUUAAUAGCCAACAAAUGUAAUUCUCAUUAUAAAGUUUUAGCUUAUGAAUUAAUUUAAGGAAUAUAUUUAUGUCUGUUAUCUUGUUUAUUUAAUUGUAAUGGUCUUUUUGACCUUAAUAAAACUGUCCGUAAUAUUUGUUGAGGAUGAGCUUUAAACAAACAAUAGAUUUUUGAAAACGACCUCAAAUAUGGUCGAAACAUCAAAAAAGAAAUGGAUUGAAAAAAAAGAUUAGUGUUUUAUUAAGGUCAAAAAAACAUUACAAUUCAAUAUGGAUUGUUUAUUGGAAGUACAAUAAUAAGAAUACUAUCAUUCUACUUAUGACCGGGUUUAGAGUAAAUUGUAGAAACGAGCAAAAUUCAUACUUUUUUUGCACAAAUAAAAACGAAAGUGUUGAUAAAUAUAAGAAUUUACUUUUUUGGGUUUUUGCUACUAGUGACAGCAGGAAAUUUGAAAACUCUUUUCUAGUAAACAAUAUUUUAUACUAUAAAACGAACAUAAUUGGUAGUGUCUUUGGAAAACCUAUUACAUAUUUUUACGGAACUAAAAUCAGCGUUUUCCUUUGUCUGAUAAAAUUAGCUGAAAAUGGCCAAAAAAAAGUAAGAUUCUUCUGAAUUCUUUUUCAAUUUUGUUUGGUAAGUUAGGGGACACAUUUUUUUUUUUUGAAAGAAUUUUGAAAGAGUCUGGAUUUUUGAGUGAAUUUUUCAAAUUAUGAUGAAAUAUAGUUAAUAUGUAUUAAUCAUUUUAAAAAAACAGUAAAAAUGUGUGUGUGUGUGUUGGAUGGGAGGUGGGUGCAUUUUCAUGAGCUCCAGAAUCCCUGUCCCACUCAUGACGCAUAAGUGAAUUAUGAACAAAAGUUCUAUUAUGCAGGAAAACAUUUGAAAACUUGAAAUUUUGCACCAAAUAAUAGAAAGAACACUUGCAUAAGGAAAGUUACUACCCAUUUCAUUUUAUA